AUGGCACAGCAAGUUAGUUAUGGCAACAGCAGCAGCCUGUUGACAACUGCUUCUAGCUUUUUACUCAACCAGUAUUCGAGCGAUCGCAAACGGUUUUUACUUACUGCUGCCAGCGCGCUCGCUGGAACAUGGUCCCUUUGGCGACUUAUUAUUCAUUACCUGAAACGAAGCCAAACACACCCCACCUCAGCGCCAUCUACAGUUCCUACUGUUGCAGGCGCACUCCCUAUCGUCGGCCACUCUUUUAAAAUCAACGCAGACCCGUUAGGCUUUAUCCAGAGAUGCAAGGCUCAGUAUGGUCCCGUAUUUAAAGUCAAGCUUUUGACCCAGGAUGUUUAUGUGUUAACGGGCAAAUUAAUUCCCGAGCUUCUCACAGCAUCGCGUAAAACAGUCAGUUUUACGGAAGGCAUCGAAAGUAUUGUGCCAAUAGAACGAGUCAUGCGCUUGUCCUAUGAGCACAAGCGCACAGAUGAAGAACUUAGUCCACGUGACAAACAUCCUGUUGUGUUUCCUAUCAAACAGAACUUCAAGCCAGAUCAAAUUGAAGUCUUCUCUGACAGGAUUGAAAAGGCUUUCCUAGGAUUCCUGGAAGAAGAACUAUCACUCAAGCCAGGGGAGAAGAGACAAGUUGAUACUUGGAAUAUUCUAUCGCAUGCGAUUUCGCGCAUCUCAUGCUUGUGUUUUACAGGCAGUCGCGUCGGGACCAAUAGAGAACUGGUUGCUGCCAUGGCAACACUUACCCAGAGUGUGGUGAAGGCGGGUGUACUUUUAACGGUCCUUCCAGGCUGGAUUGCCAAUGUCAUUGUCCGUCGUUACAUGUCUAUCGAACGUCAGCUGGACCUAUUGAUAGAGCUGCUUGUACCUUUAAUUAAAGGUCUCCGCUCGGGUGACAUUCCUGAUGAUGAAACGACUUUUAUCAGUAUGGUAUCCAAGCUACCAAAGUCGGAUGGCUCACUGCGUUCGCCUGAGCAUGCUGCGCUCUGGUUCCGUGCGGUUGCAUUAGCUUCGAUUCACACUACAGCCCAUUUUAGUACCUUUGCUCUCCAUGAACUUGCUUGUCGUCCACAGCUAGUACAGGAUCUUCGUCAAGAGAUCAACGAACUACAUACGCGUACACCAGAAACAGUCAGUCACAUUCAACCGCUUGACUCGUUUUUGAGAGAAGUGCUUCGAUACGACAUUGAUAAUUUGGGUCUCCACCAUAUGACGCUUCAGGAUUUUGUGCUUCCAACCGGUCAUGUCAUACCAAAAAGAAGUCUUAUUGUCGCAGCUAUGGACGAGGCGCACAACGACCCAGCACUUGCACCACCGUCGAAUAAACCACUGAGCGUAUUCGAUGCAUACCGGUUCAUGAACACUACAGACGGUAGGCAGUCUUCCACGAUUGGUAUGGAUCUCAUUUCAUUUGGGCUAGGCGCACAUGCAUGCCCUGGUCGCUAUUUCGCUGUCAACGAGAUCAAGUAUGUUUUGGCCGAACUUAUCGUGCGCUACAAUAUCACGACGUCGUCUGGCCACAAACGUGCUCCCAAUAACAUGGCAAUGGGCAUGGUCAAGUUUCCACCAAAAACGCCUAUUAUUCUGGAAGGCAUUUUGUAG